AUGCUCGACACGCUGCUCUCGUUCUUGCUCGUGGGUGCGCUCUGGGGCUGCACCAACCCGCUGCUCAAGCAAGAGAGCGGCGGCGCCGUCUACACCCGCCAAAGCAACGCGCUGCGCGAGUACAUGUACGAGUUCUACUGCACGCUCACCAACUGGAAGUUCAUCAUUCCAUUCGCCCUCAACCAGAGCGGCUCGAUUGCCUUCGUGUACUUUCUUGGCUCGUCCGAUAUCUCGAUGGCCGUGCCCAUUUGCAAUUCGUUUACGUUUGUCUUUACAGCGCUCACGAGCCGCCUCCUCGGCGAGACGCCCAAGAACCCGCUGUAUACCUACGCCGGCAUGACGUGUGUCCUAUUGGGGGUUGCGAUUUGCUUUCACAGCAAACUGCCCUAG